UGGGCGAAACUGCAACAGACUUCCGCCUAAAUACUCUACAGUUCUCCAUAAACGAUCAUUUUUUCGUUUCAGUCUCUUUUCGUAUGCAUCUUGAAAAUUCGAUAUCUCGAAAACAAAGGCGCGAGGGAAUAAAUCCUCUUGAGGUUUUUCAUACCUCAUUGAGGUCUACCUAUCGCCAAAAGAUGGGACCUAAAGGGCUUAAACACCUAAAUAUGUUCCCUCGUCAGUUUUGAUUGUAUUUUUUUCAGAAUCAUAGAAGAGUUUAAAAUCCAUUAUUGCAUUAAUCCAUUUGCUCAAGGUACUGAUUCACGACAUUCAUUUUAGAAUGCAUCAAGAAUAUUAUUGAUCUAGUGAAUAAAGACAAAUUACUAUGUCAAAUUCUGCGUAUGAAAAUUCACUAAAGGACAAAGAAAUUCGCAAUAUCGACGGAUCAUCAUCAUCAGGGUUACCACAGUCAUAUUCUCCAGUCCAAAAUGAGAAACAUCCAACUUCUGGCGCAUUAUCUUCUUCACCUAAUCAAAAUCAAAAGUCGAAGUUAGAUGAGCCUGCUAACGACAAAUUCUUGGGUAGAAAAUUUAAAACUAAGACAAAAAAGCCAAAAGUUAAAGGUUUAAAACCAUUUGAAAUUGUAAUUAUUGCUGUUUGCGGUUUAAUACGAUUUUUAAUUUAA